GGGGACGGCUCGGCCCUCCCACCAGGUCGGUGUAGUCUCGGGACUGGCCACGCUCGCCUGGCUGCUGUGGGAACCACUCCUGGAGACAGAGGUUGGAAGACCACACCGGAGACGGCUGGAGUCAUUCAGUGGGACUUUAUUUAUCCCAGACUUGGUUCAAGACUUUUAAAGAGGGCCCUGCUCUAUCGAUGUGUGUUUGUGCGGUAGAAUUCAGACGGCUGCUUUAAGCAGAAGGAAGAUGCAGCUCCUGGGCCUGGUGGUCUGCGGCUUUCUUGGGAUCCUGCUUUCUGGGAGGCCCAUGGGGACUGUAUCAGCUGUGGACCCUGAAGUAAACAUGAAUGUGACGGAAAUAAUCACUUACUGGGGAUAUGCUAGUGAGGAGCACUUGGUCCAAACAGAAGAUGGAUAUAUUCUAUCUCUUCACCGAAUCCCUCACGGGCGCAAGAACCAUUCUGACAAAGGUCCCAGACCAGCUGUGUUUCUUCAGCAUGGCUUGCUGGCAGAUUCUAGUGUCUGGGUCACCAACAUUGACAAAAGCAGCCUGGGUUUCAUCCUGGCAGACGCUGGCUUUGAUGUGUGGAUGGGGAACAGCAGGGGAAACACCUGGUCUCAGAAGCACAAGACUUUUUCCAUUUUUCAGGAGGAAUUCUGGGCCUUCAGUUUUGAUGAGAUGGCAAAAUAUGACCUACCUGCUUCAAUUAACUACAUUGUGAAUAAAACUGGCCAAGAACAAGUGUACUAUGUGGGCCAUUCUCAAGGAACCAUCAUAGGUUUUAUAGCAUUUUCACAGAUGCCUGAGCUGGCAAAGAAGAUAAAACUAUAUUUUGCCUUGGCUCCUGUGGUAUUUCUCAAUUUUGCUUCAAGCCCCGUGGUCAAGUUAGGACGUUUGCCGGACCUUCUUUUUGAGGACGUGUUUGGACACAAGCAGUUUUUACCUCAGAGCUCGACGAUGAAGUGGCUGAGUACUCACAUUUGCACCCACGUCAUCAUGAAGGAGCUUUGUGCAAAUAUCUUCUUUAUUAUAUGUGGCUUCAAUGAGAGGAAUUUAAAUAUGUCUCGAGUGGAUGUGUAUACGACACACUGUCCUGCAGGAACUUCUGUGCAAAACAUGUUACACUGGGGCCAGGUUGUUAAACACAGCAAGUUUCAAGCUUUUGACUGGGGAAGCAGUGACAAGAAUUAUUUUCAUUACAACCAGAGUAAUCCUCCGAUGUACGACAUAAAAAACAUGUCUGUACCCACUGCUUUGUGGAGCGGGGGCCGGGACUGGCUGGCAGACACCAGCGACGUCAAUAUCUUGCUGACUGAGAUCCCCCACUUGGUGUACCACAAGCACAUCCCUGAGUGGGAGCAUCUGGAUUUUCUCUGGGGGUUGGAUGCCCCCUGGAGGGUAUAUGAUGAAAUGAUCAGUAUAAUGAGAAAGUACCAGUGAAUGCCAGGCUUGAGAUACAUACCGUUCAGGAGGGAAAAA